AUGGCAAAAAGGAAACCAAAGAAAAACAUAAAAGACACAACUUCAGCUGUAAGGGUGACGUCGACAAGGAAGGAAGAAACUACACAACAAGAGAAAAAGACUAUGGUUCCCCUUGCUGCUGUUGCUUUGGUGUUCGCCGUUAGCGUGGCCCCACUGACAGCCCAAGUCUCUACAUCUGGUCACCAUAAGCACUUAGCGCUGAAGAUGGAUGAGGCACAUCUGACAGUCAAGAAUGACCUGGACACUGAGGUGGUGGUGUCCUGGAUGUCACAGCGCUGCUAUCAGUGUUUGUACCAGAAGCUAGGGGUGGUACCUGCAGGACCCAGUCCUGGCCAGCCCAGUUCAGUGGACUUUGUUGUUGGCACACAGCAUGAAAUUACACUACAGCUCAACAGCACUCUCGUCAGCAUGGAGCUCUGCAAGGUUCCAUUCCACUUUGGGGAGCACGGAAACUACUCUGUGUGGGUGCAAAAUCUGAACAACUCCUCAUUGGUCAAAUGCUCUGUUUCAACUGAUGCAGACCCCGUGAACAGCUAUAUACCGAUCUUGGUUGCCUUUGUUGUCUUUGCUGGACUGGUCUUGGUAUUUGCAGUUGGAAGAAAAAUACUAGGACUUGGAGUAGUGAGGGGUCUUGUCCAGCGAUUUGGCGGGUCCUUGGAGACAGAGAGACUCAUCAACUCUGAACUGGGCUCCCCUCGGAUGGUGCCGCCAGCUACAGACAACAUACUCCCUCCACCACCGAGCCCCAGCAAGAGGCUUCGAUCUCUGGACACAUUUAGAGGCAUCUCCUUAAUCAUUAUGGUUUUUGUGAAUUAUGGAGGAGGACGCUAUUGGUUCUUUAGACACGAAAGCUGGAAUGGCCUUACUGUUGCAGAUCUAGUCUUUCCCUGGUUUGUGUUUAUAAUGGGCACAUCCAUCGCACUGUCCAUCAAUUCCAUGCUGCGUGCAGGCACAACCCGACGCUCGCUGCUCAGGAAAGUUGUGUGGAGGAGCAUACAGCUCUUCAUCAUCGGUGUCUUCGUCAUUAACCCAAACUACUGCCAGGGGGCAUUGUCUUGGGACAACUUACGGAUUCCAGGUGUGCUGCAGCGCCUUGCCUGGUCGUACUUGGUUGUAGCCUGCCUGGAUUUAUUGGUGGCGAGAGGCCAAGUUGACAUCCUUACAACAGAUCCUUGGUGGUCUCCUGGCCUUGAUAUCUUGCUGUACUGGCCAGCGUGGCUGUGUGUGCUCCUUUUAGAAGUCAUCUGGCUAUGCCUCACUUUCCUACUUCCUGUACCAGAUUGCCCAACAGGCUAUCUGGGACCAGGUGGGAUUGGGGACAUGGGCCUGUAUGCUAACUGCACCGGUGGAGCAGCUGGUUUCAUUGACCGUUGGCUUCUGGGGGAAAACCACAUCUACCAGACUCCCUCAUCACGGGUAAUUUAUGGAACUCACAUGCCAUAUGACCCAGAGGGUGUUCUGGGCAGCAUCAAUUCUGUUCUCAUGGCUUUUCUUGGAUUACAGGCAGGAAAGAUAAUCUUACACUACAGAGAUCUCCACAGAAGUAUCAUGUCAAGGUUCCUCAUAUGGGGUUUGUUUCUGGGAGUCAUCUCAGCAGCUCUGACCAAGUGUUCCACAGACCAGGGCUUCAUUCCGGUCAACAAGAACCUGUGGUCUCUGUCCUACGUGACAACACUGGCCUGCUUCGCCUUUGUGCUGCUAGUGUUGAUCUACUACACUGUAGAUGUGAAGAAGUGGUGGUCUGGGGCACCUUUCUACUACCCUGGCAUGAACUCCAUCCUCGUGUACGUGGGCCAUGAAGUGUUUGAGGACUAUUUUCCUUUCCGCUGGCGCAUGGCCAACAGCCAAUCCCACACUGAACACCUCAUCCAGAACCUUGUGGCCACUUCGUGUUGGGUCAUGAUCUCCUACGUGCUCUACAGAAAGAAGAUUUUCUGGAAAAUUUAGAAGUAAAGCCCCUAAAUAAUGGGAAAACAAAAGCAAAGAACAUUGUUUACAUCAAAUUUGCUGGACAUAUAAUCUGAAAACAUUCAGAAAGUGGGGAAACAGGAAACUGAUUUAACUUGUUGAAACUAUAAUGAAGCUCCUUGUCUGAAUAUGUGUGAGUUUCUUCUUUAACUCUGUUUUGCUUCCUCUUUUGUAAGUGUUCGUCACUACUCUCUAGAACCAUUAAUAUUUUAAACACUUUUUUCCAAAGAUCUUCAGUUAUAAAGCAGCAGAGCACUGCCAAAUAUCCUCGCUUACUCAGGAAAAGCUUGUCUAAGAAAGGUUUGUUAUAAGAACUGACACUGUUAAUUUUCUGUUUGACUGUGUGUUAUAGACCCAUGUUUUCAUACCUCCCCUUGACGACAAACUUCUGCAUCAGGGUGAGCCGCAGAUGUUAAGGAAGGCCUUGUUCACUUCCCCUUAGGAGAAUCCCCGCUGCCAUCCUACGUACUGUUGUGUUACUCUGAAAGCUGUAGUGGGGCUUUUGUGAGUCUUUAGCACAAGGAGACAGUACAUUAUGCACACUUCUAAAGAAAGCGUGACAUAGAAUGCAUUGUGGGCUGUCAUCGUUUCUGCUUCCCAGUGGCAGAUGGAAGUGUCUUUAAAGCCACCAGGUCUAUUUACACUAGUUUCAGCUGCAUGAUAAACAUAUUUUCAGUAACUAAAAGAAGUUUUCUUUCAAGUUAUGUCUCGUACUUUGGCCUUACAGCUCUUCUGUUUUGAGCUAUUCCAUUUGGGGAUGCCAAAUAGGUGAAAAUACAAUAGAAAAAAUUUGCACAUUAAGAGCUUGUAAACAAUGAGACACAGUAUGUAGAGGUUUUGAAAUUUGAAACUCAAACAUUUGCAGCAUUUUGUUCUUGAACUGUCGAUGUUAAGUUAAUCAUCUAUGCCAGUAAGUUGUUCUGCUUAAGUGCAAGUGUUUUUAGUUUUGUAAUCCCCUCCUCCCCUCUGACCCUGCUCUGUCUCCCAGCAAGUGGUGAGACAUACGAUGCCAUGUGUUACCAAGUGGUGACGGGAAGUAAAGGAGGGCAUGUCAGAUGACUGGUGAAA